AUGGAUAACUUUGAGUACAGCAUCCAUCUGAACGACCGGGACUGGGCUGAGUUCUUCUUGGCGUCGGAGGAAUGCAACCUAGCGCUGGCCACCCUGGCCACAGCCGAGGAGCAGUGUCUCAGUGACAUUGAACAAGGGGACGGCGUGCCAGGGAGGGACUGCCGUGCCAGCACAAACAGGCAGAUCGCAGCGAGGGUGGGCAGCAGGCCAGGGCCUGGCACGGGAAGCUCUGCCCCACGUGGGGUGCCCGGAGACACCUCCCUGCACUGGCCCGCUGGCGGGCACCUCGUCCUGCCGGAGCUUCUCUCGGGCAGCGAGGACGAAACGGACCUGGGCUCGAGCAAAGGGAAGGAGAAGGCAGCCAAGCCAGCUCCUGUGAAGCUGGGGAGCGAGGAGGCAGGGGAGAGCAAACGUCUGGUGCCUGGCCCUGGCACAGAUGAGGGCAAUCCAGCCAUGAGCGCUCCCCCGAAGCAGAAGGUGAAGGAGCCGGGGGCACAGCUCCUGGGGAAGGCGAAGGCCACCAAGCAGUCAAAGCCAGGACAGGCUGGUGGCUUGGGCGUACGUGACAAUGUGCCGGUGAUCCCUGCCAGCGGAGCCACGGCUCCUCUGGGAGAGGCAUGCCCGGAGGUGCCAGGGAAGCCUCUCCAUCCCAAGAGCGUGGUGGCUUCUGGAGGGGAUGCUGCUGAAGGAGCUCAUCGGGAGCCUGCAGCUGAGACCCCCAGGAAGCUGGGUCCCCCUUGCUUUGCAGCCGGGGCCUCUGCAAGGGCAGACACCCUGGACGUGACUUGGCCCGAGAUGUACGAAUAUUUGUUCUGUGACUCCCAAGGGGAAGAAGAAGGAAUGGGAAACUCAAUGGAGGGGGAGAAAACACUCUUGGAAAGGGAAGUAUCCUUGCCUGAACUGUAUGAAUAUUUUUUCAAUGAACCAGAAGGAAACAGGAAAAAAGUCAAGGGGAAAGACAGGAAGCGAAAGAAGUUCAGCAGCUUGGACCACGCUCAGCUGCAAAAUGAGGAUCCUGGCUUGGCCCUAGUCAAAGACUCCCUGGUUGUCUCGGUCCCUGAGGUGUAUGAACACUUCUUUCCAGACGGGCCUGGGAACAGGGCGGGCUGGCGAGGGGUUUUCUCAGUCACUCCAGCCUCCGAGGUGAAGAAAGCUGUGAGGGCUUUGAAGUCCCUUCUGCAAAGGCCAAUGCAUCUCAUCAGAGGCCAAGCCCCAGCCUCCCAGGCUCUCGUGCGGAGAGGAUCUGGAGAGAGGCUCCCCAUCGUCCCGCUGGCUCCGCUGGGAAGAGGCCAGGCACGGCCAGAAGGUUUGGACAUGGCCCUUGCACUGACAGGGAGGCCCGAGGCUCCGCUGGCGCUGACCCACAAAGAUAUGUGCCUCGUCUUCUGUGCCUUUGCGUCCUGGGCAGUGAAGACCUCCGACCUGCAGGCUCCGGAUGCCUGGAAGACCAUGUUCCUGGCAAGUUUUGGCACGCUUUCUGCCAUCCGCUACUUCCGAAGGCAGGUCAGAGAAGGACACCCCCGGACCUAG